AUGCAAAAGAUAUCUAAAAUAGCAAUUGGUUCUUUAGUUCUUUUUUUAAUACUAGCAGCAUUAGUUGAAGCAAAAGCAAAGACUAAUAAGAAUAUAAAAUUAGAGUUGAAGAGAAACGUUUUAAACGCAUGGUAAAAGAAUACUAGUAAUGCUUAUGCUAAUGACUUUUGUUUUAGUCCUAAGCAUAGUCGUCCAUCUCGCCCACUUAUUUUCAAUACUGAAAUGCCAAGUAAUUGUUCUUAGUCAAAGGUUGCUCGUAUUUCAUAAGAAUGUGUAUUUAAAAAUCUUGCUUACAACGCUAGAUUUUACUAUGAUAAGGAUGAAAGCUCCAAUACAACUUCAAUUAAAGAUGUUAAGAAACUCGAAGCUUCAUAGGACUUCUUUGAACUUGCUAUAGAUUUGACUUCUCCUUGGUCAUGGGUGAAGAGUCCUGUUUGCCAAACUUGCGACCGUAAAGGAAAAAAUUGUAAACAAAACUAGUGCUUGUACAAAAAUAAUUCAACAAAAUCCUCACAUGUCAGCAAAGUAUUCUCUUCUACCAAUCUUAAAGUGAUUGAAAAGUGCGGUGAAAUUGAUUAAUAUGCCGAAGGAAUGAGUGUUGUAGGCUAGUUCAUAACUCCCGAAAAAUUGCGUAUUAAAGAUACUACUCAAUUUAUCAGCAAACCUAAACUUCUUUGGGCUCAUGCUUUGUCUGGAUAGCACUUCCUCUUGGCUGACGGUGUUCUAGGUUUAGGAGCCGAUGAAAAUGAGAAUGCUAUCACAAUCCAAAAUUUAAAUUAGUAGAAAGGUAAUUAAAAGAGCUAAGAAAACUUUAGAGAAGAUGAUUCUCCAAAAGAUGAUUACUACGAAGAUGAAGAUGACGAAGAAGAAGAAGAAGAAGAUGAUAACAAUGAAGAAGAUGUAUAGUAAGAUAAGAAUAAUAACAAUAAGAAUUAAGCUUAAAACAAAGAUACCCAAUAGACAACAUCAUCUAAAAGAGUUUAUGAAAUCUAUGAACCUGAGAUGAAUAUGAUUGAACCUAUAGUAAAGCAAUACAAACAAGUAUAGAAUAAAACUUUCUCUCUUUAUAUUGCAGACGACGAUCAAUUAACCUACCAACUCAUUAUAGGAGAUAUUAUGCAGUAGUAUAUAUAUAAACCAGAAAGCAACCAAAUUUAAUAUUUGCGUUCUUUAUCCAACGCAGAGCUAGUAGAUUAAUACGGAUUGUGGGUUGUCUACGUAUCUAAAAUUCGUAUUGCUAAGCAAUCUGAAGAGCUCAAGAACAAGAAGAAAAAUAAAGAAUAGCCCACCGAUUCUGAUUCUGAAUCUACUGAUGGUCUUUUGCCUAUCAAUUCAGUCAACAUAAAUAAUCCCGUUGGAAUCUUAUCACUUACUACUACUGCAAUAGUGCUUCCUGAGAAAGAUUUGGUACCUAUCUUGAAUGCUUUCUAAAAUGAAUUUGGAAUUAAAUGCUCCAUAUCUAAGGAAUACUUGUUCUUUGUUGUUUGUGAAGAAAUUUCUGCUAACAAAGAAGAGUUGAAUGACAUGGCUAUGAUCAUAGAAAUCGGACAAGUUUUCAUUGUUCACCUUUAAGUCAACCCUGCUGAUUUGAUCUUAGACUGUGUUAAAGUAAAUAAAAGUAGAAAGGAUUCUAAAUUAAAAUGCUAAAUGAAUCUCUAGCAAUCUUAUGACAACAAAAUUAUCCUCGGAGAAGCUGCACUUCGUAACUAAUAUAUGGUUUUUGACUAAAAAGAAAGUUUGAUUGGAUUUGCUCCUGCCAAAAAUAAAUUCAACUCUUCUUCCUUUAUCAAGAGAAUUGGCCACUUGUUCAAUAAAAUUGAAUAAGUUAUUGAAUAGGACAUCUCAUAUAUCGUAGCAUUCCUUGUUCUCAUAAUAUUGAGUGCUGCUGCUUUCUUAGUAUUUCGUCAUGGUAAGACUAUUUUUGCCCUAUUCCAAGGUAAAAGAGUCAUUGUUGUAGACGAUAAGAACGACAGAAUCCAACUUUCCUAACAUGCCCAUGAAACUAUGGAUGAAUCUGCAAUCCGUGAGCUUCAAGAAAUGUCUUAAUAAAUGGAGGAUUAAGGAAUAUAAAAUCAUGAUUUCAAUGCCUAAUAAGCUGAGCAUCCAAAUGAUGUUCUUAAGCCUGUUGAUCUCGAAGAUCUUUGA